GCUUGGAGGCCGAGGUACCCGCGGCGGUGGGCGAGUGUCCGUGUGGCCUGGUCCGGGCUAUGUCCGCGUGAGGACGCCGCUGACGCCCGCGUCCAGGCCCCGGCCCUGCCCGGCUCGCUGCGCACCAUGGGCUCCAUUCUGAGCCGCCGCAUCGCGGGCGUGGAGGACAUCGACAUCCAGGCGAACUCGGCCUAUCGCUACCCGCCGAAGUCUGGAAACUACUUUGCCUCGCACUUUUUCAUGGGAGGUGAAAAAUUUGACACUCCCCACCCUGAAGGUUACCUCUUUGGAGAAAACAUGGAUCUGAAUUUCCUGGGCAAUCGCCCAGUCCAGUUUCCAUACGUCACCCCCGCCCCCCAUGAGCCAGUGAAGACACUCAGGAGCCUGGUGAACAUCCGGAAGGACUCCCUGCGGCUUGUGAGGUACAAAGAUGGUGCCGACAGUCCUUCAGAGGACAGUGAGAAGCCCCGAGUCCUCUACAGCCUGGAGUUCACCUUUGAUGCCGAUGCCCGGGUGGCCAUCACCAUCUACUGCCAGGCGGUGGAGGAGUUUUUGAACGGGAUGGCAGUGUACAGCCCCAAGAGCCCGGCCCUGCAGUCUGAGACCGCCCACUACAAGAGAGGGGUGAGCCAGCAGUUCUCCCUGCCCUCCUUCAAGAUCGACUUCUCUGAGUGGAAGGAUGAUGAGUUGAACUUCGACCUGGACCGGGGCGUGUUUCCAGUGGUCAUCCAGGCCGUGGUGGAUGAAGGAGACGUUGUGGAAGUGACUGGCCAUGCCCAUGUGCUCUUGGCCGCCUUUGAAAAGCAUGUCGACGGCAGCUUCUCUGUGAAACCUUUAAAGCAGAAGCAAAUUGUGGACCGGGUCAGCUACCUGCUGCAGGAGAUCUAUGGCAUCGAGAACAAGAACAACCAGGAGACAAAGCCCUCGGACGAGGAGAACAGCGACAACAGCAACGAGUGUGUGGUGUGCCUGUCAGACCUGCGGGACACGCUUAUCCUGCCGUGCCGGCACCUGUGCCUGUGUAACUCAUGCGCGGACACGCUGCGCUACCAGGCCAGCAACUGCCCCAUCUGCCGGCUGCCCUUCCGGGCCCUUUUGCAGAUCCGGGCGGUGAGGAAGAAGCCCGGAGCCCUGUCCCCCGUCUCCUUCAGCCCUGUUCUGGCCCAGAGCAUGGACCACGAUGAGCAUUCAUGUCCCUUUAAAAAAUCAAAGGCGCACCCCGCCUCACUGGCCAGCAAGAAACCUAAAAGGGAAACAAGCUCUGACAGCAUCCCACCUGGCUAUGAGCCCAUCUCCUUACUUGAGGCGCUCAACGGCCUUCGGGCCAUCUCCCCGGCCAUCCCUUCAGCCCCCCUUUAUGAAGAGAUCACCUACUCAGGCGUCUCAGAUGGCCUGUCCCAGGCCAGUUGUCCACUUGCGGGGAUGGAUCGAAUCCUGGAAAGCAGCCACCAGAAGGGCAAGCCAAGGAGCAAAUCCCCUGACAGCACCCUGCGGUCUCCGUCGUCCCCCAUCCACGAAGAGGAUGAGGAGAAGCUGUCCCAGGACUCAGACGCCCCUCCCCCGCUGAGUGGGGCAGGGCUGGCGCUGAGCAGCUCCCCCGAGAGCUUUGUCACAGAGGAGGCGGACGAGGCAGCGGCCCUGAAGCAAGGGAGCCGAGUGCCAUCCUUCGAGAAUGUCCUACAGGACGGCAGCCCUGAGGCCUGCAGCCACGGCCAGCCCCGCCUGCCUGCCGAUGUCUACCUGCCAGGGACCUCGGCUGUUUACUGGUCUGGAGGCAGGACGGCUGAGCGGCUCCUGACGGCUCUGGGAGCCCCCACUGCAGCACGAACACACUGUGUGUGAGAUGUCAGUGACAUGUGACUUCCAAGAGGACGACAGGGCAUGAGAUGGUCCAGAGACACUGUGCAAGUGAUCCGAAGCUUCCCAGGUGUGAUGGCUGUGGGAGGAGUCGGCGGGUGACAAGCUGGAGCUCCACGGGGUACUUGAGUUAACCUGUGGUGGAGGAGGGCUUCUCUGAGGGGUGUUUCAGCCGAGCCUCUAGGUGCCUACAAAGGCCCUGAGGCCACAGUGAGCCUAGUACGACCACUGAGCAGGAACAAGACCCAGUGGCUCUGGUUGCUGGAGCGUCAGAAUCAAGGAGUGUCGGGGUGCAGAUGCCGCAAGACCUCGGAAGGACAGUUUCAUUCUGAGAACAGUCAGAAGUUUUGACACAGGGAAGUUACUCUCUCCAGCUUUCGUGUGCAGUGGAUUAGAGGGUGAGAUUUGGUGGCCGGCCUCCCUGCCCAGCCAGUAGCCUCCCAGCAGGGAAAGGAUCAAGUGCCCAGAGCUCCCAGGCAGCACUGCCCCCGUGCUGCCUCUUCAGGUCCCCUGUGACUCAGGGGCUUAAUGGGGGGACUGGCCUUCUCAGCUGGUUUGCCCACGCCCUGAGGCAGGCCUGCUGUCCUCAGCCCUGCAGUGGCUCCGUCGUGUUUGAGCCUGGCAUGGUCCCAGGGUGGGGAGAAGGGCGCGCCAUGUCAGAUGAAUUUCUCCGUGGGCAGCACCUGGAUCCACACUUCUGGAUGUGGACCAGGAAUUGUGUUAACAUCUUGUGUCAGGCAGGACUUUGGGGUGUGGGGGACUUUUCCUUUGUGCCCCCGUCCCCCAGCCCGCAGUUUGGGGCAUGAAGCGGCUGCCUGUGGCCUGGAAAUGUGAUUGUGUUGGGAUGGGCGCUCGCCCUCGCUGACAUCUCUUUAGACAUGGUUACUUGCCCUGGAAUCUGGCUUCUCCCUGCAGGCUUUGGUUGCCCCUUCUGAGUUCUGAUCCCAGGACGUGGCUGGGGAGAGGGCCUGCCUCUUUGGAUCCUUGUUUCCCAUUUCUGUCAGUACCAGCACCGACUCACUGUGUCAGAGAGUGUCUAGUGGGUCCUUCCAACCCCUUGCCCACCCCUCUGCCCCUGCUCUCCUCUCCUGCACCCCCAGCCCUGCUCGGGGCAGCCUUCUCCGCCCCAGCACUUGCCCUGGCUUGUUGGACGCGAUUCUCUGAGGCUUUCGCUGGGGCACCCGUCCUGUGAGUGCAGGUGGUGGUUCCUUCACUCAGCAAAUCCAUGGCAGCCGUGGGAGAAUGGAGUUUGGGAGUGGAGUGAGCGGCCCCGCUGCAGGAUUCCAAGGAGCCCCAGUGCACUCUCUUGGAUGCUGCUGCUAGUAUUCUCCAGCCCCGGUGACUUCCUUCUCCAGCAGACCCAGGGUAAGUACUUCAGGCUCUCCUCCUCUGUGAAAGUUGAGAGGUUUUCUGUUGUGGACACUUGGGGAGGAGACAAUGUGGAAAUCUAGGGUGGGAUCCUGGCUCCAGCACCAACUGCUGAGUGCUCUUAAGGCAAGUCCUGUUCCUCAAGUUUCUCCUUGGAAAAUGGGGGGGACCCCAUUUGCUCCCGCCGAGCCUGGCAUAUGGUGUCUGAUUGGGAGGAUAAGGGAUGCGAGGCGCAGAUUUAAGGUCCUUCCUUCCCCAGCAGGCUGGGUCUCGGACUGUGCGUGGUUGCGGACUCUGGGGAUAGCUGGAGCUCAGUCGUGCCGUGUUUUCUUUGCUCUUUGGGGUCUGGCAGAUCGGCAGUGACCUUGGAGGGGAGUGCUUGGCUGGCACGCGAGCAGGGAAGGGUCAUGCCUUCAGGUCGCGGGGCUCCAUCGCGGGGGCUGGGGGCUGCUAGUGUGAAGCCUGCGGGGCGACGCUCCCAGGGAGGCGCUGAGGAAAGGCAUGGGACAGGACUCAUGGCAGGCAGUUGGAGCCCCAGACCGCAAGCAGCGCCAGCCCGAGGGCCCCUAGGCCCUGCUCAUCUCGGGAGAGCUCGGCGGGCGCGGUGCCUCCUGUGCGUCUUGGGUCUUGAGGGCCGUGGGCGGGGGCGCGUGCAGCGCCUAUCUGCACACGCCCCUUCUGCGCCUCAACGACGCGUCGGAGCGCCGGGAAGGGCUCGGCCCCCGAUGGGCGUCGGCAAUUGGUGGAGGG